AUGAUUAGAGGAGACACAAACUCGGAUUCCAUCCCGAUUGAUCUCGUCAACGAUAUAUUCUCGAGAUUACCUGUCAAGUCAAUCGCAAGGUUUUGUUGCUUGUCCAAGCUAUGGGGCUCCAUGUUUCACAGUCCAUAUUUCACGGGUUUGUUCCUGACCAGGUCCUCUGCUCGGCCCCAACGUCUCUUGUUGGUUCUUGAAGGAGAGAGCAACGAUGAGUGGUGCUUCUUCACGUCGCCUCAGCCUCAUAUUCCAUAUGAGAAGUCACCAUCUCUUGUAGUAGCAGCCGAUUUUCACAUGAAGUUCCAAGGGAAGUUGCUAGAAUUUUAUUGUCGUGCCUCUGGUUUGUUCUAUUUCCGUCGUGCAUAUACUGCGUUAGAACGUUAUGUGACAUGUAACCCUUGCACGGGACGGUACUUACCUAUACCUAAAGGGAGAAGAGCAUUGUGGAGAAGUUUUUUAGGGUUUGAUCCAGUUGACAAACAAUUCAAGGUGUUUUCCAUUAGCUUUCCUAACUAUGAUGAGGGAAAGGAAAAUCAGUAUCGAAUUAUGACACUAGGAACUGGAAAAGAUUCGUGGAGGAAGAUCCGUUGUCCCUUGAACCAUGUUUCUACAUUACAUUUGCCUGAAGGGAUAUGCAUCAAUGGGGUUUUGUAUUACUUAGCUCAGCAAAUCCCUAAGCAAGCUGGUGGAGAGUGUUUAUAUGUGAUAGUUUGCUUUGAUGUUAGGUCUGAGAAAUUCAGGUUUAUGUACAGAGAUUCCAUGAUUUAUCGGGAAGGUGCUACAAUGUUCAACUACAAGGGUAAAUUAGGCGUGAGUACUGUGAAGCGUGAUUAUUAUACUAGAACCCUUGACGUGUGUAUGUGGGUUAUAAAUGAUGACGAGAAACAGGAUUCGGAAUGGCCAAAAUACUUCUCCUUUUGUUGGGACGAUAAAGUUGUUAAUUACUUUCAUUUGGAAUUGAAAUCGAAAUACUUCUCCAUCGUUGGAGUGACUGCUACAGGUGAAAUUGUUUUCUCGCAAGAAAUUGUUUCUACGCCACCGUUUUAUGUUUUCUACUUGAAUCCCGAAAAGAACACUAUUCAAAGAGUUGAAAUCCAAGGUUUUGGGUAUAACCAAAUAGACAAUGAAGACUGUUACAGAAGAGUAUUAGUCUUUGUAGACUAUGUAGAGGAUCUCAAGUUUAUUACUAUGAAGACAACAUACAGUGCUGCAACGUCUAUAAGCCCAUCAGAACAGAAGCGUGAUGAACCCAUGAUCACAUCUUCUGAAGCUCACCUGCAACAAGAAGAUGGUUGUACGUUUGAGAUCAUUAACAGAUUUGAUUCUCUGCGUCUUUUAGAUGAUGAUGAUUUUACCUGA